CGCCGCCGCGUGUCCGUGCGCUCUCGCCAGCCGCCACUUUCACAUCGCCGCACUCACGCCAACUCACGAAUGCGCGUUCCCACGGAUUACAUAAACAAUUUUAUCGGUACAACUCGUGCAACAGGUCCUUGUGAUGUGUACUCUACCCGACCCGCAGCUGCAGAGGACACGGCUGUAGCCGGCAGGGUGGCGGCUAUGGUGGAGGAUCGAUCGAGGUCAAGAUGGGCAAACGAAGCUACUUUAUUCGAGUUGCUCAACAAAGCAAGCAGCGACCACGCCCCCAACAUGACAACCCUACCAAUCACGACAAGAGGCGUGCCCACUCAAGGGGCGGAGCUCCCAGACAUGCAACAAGCUCCAUUGACACUAGUUCCGGUCUCCACGGCAAAUAUUUAUUCCAGACGACAUUCGGCACACAGCAUGAAACAAGAAGACAUUACAUUACCGCCCCCAGUGCCAAUACGCCCACCACCAGCAGUACCAAAACGCAACUACGUCCCGCCCUCAACCGCGGUAAUAAAAACACCUCCAGUCAAAAUACCUCCCAACACAAAACCCCAACCACAAAACAUAAUCACAGUUAAUGGCAGUAUAAACACUGUUAAUGCUCAUAAAAUAAUGCCUAUUCCGCCCGCCCCUAGAAACCGCGUCCCCCCUCUACCACCCGCACGCAGAUCCAACCCAAACUCUCCCAAUUUCUCAAAGAAACCAUCUGCAAACUCACCGAAAACCGGAAAAAGCGCGUUUGAAUUCAAUCCGAAAUUUGUACAAGAAUAUGGCAUGGCCACACCUCCCAUAGGAGGUCCUGUUAUCUCCCCACGCUCGACAAACUCCUACGCAGUCGCAGGGCGUAACAGAAACAAAAUGUCUAUGCGUCAAGACUCUGGUAUUUCGAGUGACAGUUUCAGUCAAACAUCAAGUCCCUCUUAUUCCUCAAAAACAAUGGAAACACCUUUAUUACCACCACGUACACCACCCGCAAGUAAACAACAUGGCGGUUUACAUGCGUUGAGCCACGCCCACAAAGUUAAACUUGACAUUGUGGGCGGAGACAACGAGGGCGGGACUAACCAGACUAUAACUAAAAGUGCAUCGACUCCGGCAAGUCUACAAACAAUUGUCAGACUGCAAAAUGGCACAAAUUUACAUCACAAGAUUAUAAAAGAUAUAAACAUCAGAAGACCUUCAAGAAAUUACAACUACAAUCAUCAUAACCUUUUAAAGUUUCGUUUUGCGCAGUUAGCGUUGAAUGCCUUCGCGCUUUUGGCGAUAGGUGGCGGGAUGAUCGCUUACUUCAAAGCAUAUCCACUGGUGCAUAUCGUGAAUAACACAACAGCGACAAAUAUCACAGCGGUGGCACCAAUUAUUAUCUAUGAGAAAGCGCCACCUAUGAUUGAGAAGAACCCAGCUCCAGGGAUUUGCUUACCGGUUAUCGUUACGUUUUGUCAACAGCACAAUGUGCCCUAUAAUUAUACCAUCUUUCCGAAUUUUAUGGGACAUUUUGGACAACCGGAAGCGCAGCAAGAGUUGGAGGUUUAUGAUGCGUUAGUUGAUGUAAGGUGUUAUGAACUUUCAGCGCUGUUUUUAUGCUCGAUUUUUGUGCCCAAAUGUGGACCUAAUGGGGCUUUGGUUGGGCCAUGUCGGAGUUUAUGCAUGGAGACUAAGGAGCGUUGUGGAUUUUUCUUAAACGUUUUCGGUCUAGAACUGCCGGAUUAUCUGCUCAAGUGCAGCUAUUUUCCUGACAACCCCGAUUCGGAUGUUUGCAUAGGACACCGGGAGGUCAAAGAGGCGAAGAACCGGGCAAAGAGGCCAGUAUGCGUGAACGGUUUCCAGUGCGAUGGCAAGCGAUGUAUACCUAAAGACUGGAAGUGUGACGGCCAUCUUGAUUGUCUCGACGAAUCCGAUGAAAAGAACUGCACUACUUGUGGCGCUGGUGAAAUAAAUUGUGGGCAAAACAAAUGCGUAUCUAACGUGCACAUGUGUGAUGGAACUGUGGAUUGUCCUUGGGGACAGGACGAAAGAAAUUGCUUGAGGUUAAGUGAACAGAACGGUGAUGAAGGGCGUGGUCAAUUGGAAGUAUUCCGCCCUGCACUCGGACAGUUUGUCCCCGCUUGUGUCCGACAUUUUGACGCAGCUACCACAGCAGAUCAGAUUUGCUCCUUGUUGGGAUACUCGAACUCAAGUGGAAGUCCCCGAAGGAAUAAUGAUGGUGAUGCUCUGGAUCUACACGAAACAACCACACAAUGGCGGCGUGACCAAGCAAAACAAUCAAAAAACAUGAUUCGCGACUUUGUCUGUCGCACAAAAACAUAUCCGACUAUUGAAUUGACAUGUACAAAUUACAUGUGUGGUAAAGUAAGAAGAAAUUACAUCCCACGAAGUCGAUACAAGAGGAUAGUAGGUGGUACACCAUCAAAACCCGGUGAUUGGCCAUUCCUCGCCGCCAUUUUAGGUGGAUCUGAACAGAUAUUCUACUGUGCAGGUGUUCUGAUAGCUGAUCAAUGGGUGUUGACAGCGUCACACUGCGUUGGAAAUCAUUCUGAAGUUGGAGGCUGGACCAUUCAACUUGGAAUAACUCGACGCCAUGCCCACUCAUACUACGGUCAAAAAGUUCAUGUAAAACGAGUUGUACCACAUCCUAAUUACAAUUUAGGCAUUGCGCAUGAUAACGACGUUGCACUUUUCCAACUGUCAUCCCGAGUGACAUUUCAUGAACAUCUAUCACCCGUGUGUCUACCAUCCGCAGAAAAAGAAUUACAUCCUGGAACUGUGUGUACUGUGAUUGGUUGGGGCAAAAAAGAAGAUUCAGGACGUUCAGAAUAUUCACCGGAAAUAAACGAAGUAGACGUACCAAUCCUCAAUCGUGAAUUAUGCAACAAAUGGUUAGAAAAUCGCGAAUUAAACGUAACUGACGGUAUGAUAUGCGCUGGAUAUCAAGAAGGUGGAAAGGACGCCUGUCAAGGUGACUCCGGCGGUCCCCUUUUAUGCCGGGACGAAUCAGAUCACGAACGCUGGUUUGUCGGCGGAAUUGUUUCAUGGGGCAUCAAAUGUGCCCAUCCCCGGUUACCAGGCGUGUAUGCAUACGUCCCAAAAUACAUUCCGUGGAUUUUGGAACAAAUGCAAAACUAUACGGAUUAAAAUACGACAAUAAGAGUAUACACGAUGACAAUAACAAUCAAAUUCGAUGAAUUUUUGAUAAAACGACAAUAAAUGACAUUCAAGGUGUCAAAAAAGGUCAGCGACAAUAAAUAUCAAUUAAUAACGUAUCAUAACCUUACAAUUUUGACAGACGGUACAAAUUAUACAAUUUGAUGAAGAUAAUUUGACGAAUGUUGAUGAUAGUCGUAAGUUAGACACUGUUUUCCAACUCAUGGUCGUCCUUGAACCUUAAAGUACCCUUUAGGAAACGCACUGCGUGUUAGGCAAUCAGAAUUAUUAAGAAAUGUAUGGAAAUGUCAUCAUCUGUCACUGAAAAAAUGUUUUAGAAUAAUUUGGUUCACUUCAGAGUCAUAGCCACGAUCCGACUACGCACAAUAAUCUAGCGGAGAGCAUUAUUAUCAUAUACAAAUGAUAUCAAUCCUAUAGUGAUACAUAUAUAUAUGAUCUAUAUGAUAUUAUACACGUAAACAAAGUGAAGAUGAGAAAUAUAAAAAACAUAUAUAAAUAACGCAUGACAAUUCACCUAGUGUUCGAAGCGGACCGCUACAUGUGAUCUGUUUAUACAUGCUGUGUCAUAUUAUACAUUAUACACUUGUGCGUCGGCGCGUCGAUCCGCGAGCGCUAUUAAAAUGGCGCCCGAUGGAUGUCGCGACGACGCGUGCGCUUGAUAUAUUUUAUACCCGUAGAGAAGGUUGACUACGUCUACGACAUUAAACGAUAUAUACAAUAUAUCAUAGUUUUGUAUAGAGAUUUAUAAAUAUAUGAAUAUAUAAAAGAAUAUAUAUCAGAAAGAAAAGAUAAUAUGUAAGCUAAGCUUAUAUGAUAUGAGAUUAUAUGAUGUUAUCUAGUGUCUACUCUAUUCUAACAUGGGAAAUUAUAAAUGAUGUCAAACGUCAGCGCUCUCUACAUAACCAAACUUUUGAAAAAAUGGAAAACAUAACCUAACAAGCAUAAAACUGUCAAUUAACACUUGAUUAUUGUUUGUUUUAGUGUAUAGACGCACAAAACUACUAACAAACUGGCAAGUAGAUGUCACAGAGGGCGCUGCAUGUUGCUGUUGUAUGCAACCAUGUGGGCAAUCAAUUGUAGACAUUCUAGAGGUUUAGAUAUGCGAUUUUAGCGUUUUGACUAGACUGUAUUGUACAAAAUGUGUUUGGCAAACGAUACAACAAAGCACAACAAUUGAAACACAAAGAAUUAAAAGAAAUCAAGCACAAAUUAUUUUACUUAGAAAAAUUGUAGCACGUCUGAAAAUUCCUGCCAUAAAAUCAAACAAUACAGAAAAACAAAUAAAAAGAGAAAUUUAGAAGAAUUUAAAAAUGCGUAGACAAUUGUGUAAACAUAUGAAUAGAAAUGUUGAAGAGUGAGUUAUGCGAGUAAAUAGUUUGUUGUGUGCGUGUAUAAGUGUGUUGGCAACACACAACCUAACCUACAAACACAUCUAGCUUAACCUAACCUAACUGAUAAACUACUAAGCUAAUAAGAGAGGAAAUCUAAUGCUAAGCACGUGAUAUUAUAUACAACUACGUUUAGACAAUAAUCAUAUACAUUGAGAAUGGUAAUAACGAUGAAAAGAAUACGAACAAAUCAAUACAGAAACAAAAAUCUAUUAAAAAUGUAAGUGAAAUACUAUAUGAAACAAAGAAAUUAUAUUUGACACAUGAUGACAAUAAUUAUUUUGUGCGAAAGUAAAAAUAUCUAUUUUAUUAGCAAAAUGAAAGAAUAUAACGAAAUAUUAAACAAGGAAAAUGUCCAUGAACAAAAUAUAUUCUUAAACUAUGCGUAGAAUAUUCGUUUUUGUUUCGAUUUAACAUAAACUAAAGAGAAAUGUUUCUUUUUGACGUUGAAUAUCUCACACGAACUAAACUACAAAUGUUUCUUAUGAAUACGUAGACAUGUACUGUAUCUGACACCGCGUAAAUAAGCGUUGAAUGCUGAUUGUUGUUAAUAGUCAAUUUUCGAGUCGAAUCAGUUUAGGCAACUUAUAUUGCUAAGCGUGUGUGGACUCGCUCUUAUAUGUUCCUCGGGCUUUUUGCUUAGUUCUAGCCGCGCAAAUAGACGUGUUUCUAUAUAAGCUAAGAAUAUAGCCAGUGUGCAACACUCUGUAUACAAACACUACGUGCAUAUAAAUGACAAUAACGACGUAUGAAAAUAGGAACAUGUGAAACCUCUGUCAAUGUGAUGUUCGGCAUGCAUCUGUGCUUCCAGUGAAACAUACCAUAAACAAAAACAAAUUAUAUGAUGUUGAUGAUGUUAUGUGGUGAGGAAGGAGCGUGAAAUCUGUAAAAACUGUGCAACCUGUGUUAAAAGAAAUGUAGACAAAAUAUACAUAUAUACACAUA